AUGUCGACGAACCAAAGCCCCGCCCGCCACAGUUUUAGGGCCAUCCGGGCCCAGUACACAGCUACGACUAUAACUGUCUACCAAGCGUACAAUAGCGAUAUCGCGAACCCGGCCCUUGAAGCACAGAAAUUCAUUUCUCCCCCUUUUUCAAUGUCUCGAAUGACAUGGAUAAAACCGUCGUUUCUCUGGAUGGCAUAUCGCUGCGGCUAUGCUUCCAAGCCUGGACAAGAGCGAGUUCUGGCAAUCGAAAUCACACGAGCAGGAUUUGAAUGGGCAUUGCGAAACUCAUGUUUGAGUCACUAUGACGGCGGUCAACAGAAAGCAAGUGAUAGCGAUAAAGAUAAAAAACUAGAUGAAUGGCGUGCCAAACUGAGAGCUUCUCCUGUCAGAAUUCAGUGGGAUCCUGAGCGAAACUUGAAGUUUGCGCCGCUACCUCAUCGGUCGAUCCAGAUUGGCCUGGGACCCCAAGCUGUGCAAAAGUAUCUGAAUGAGUGGGUUGUGUCGAUUAAAGAUGUUACUGAGAGAAUGAGAAAUAUUCAUGAAUUGGUGGAGGCAGGGCUUAUGGAAGAUGCGGAGAAGUUGGUGCCCAUAGAACAGGCCUAUCCACUGAGUGACGAGUUGAGGGCUAUUACCGAGGCCUCAUAA